AUGCCUCCGGCCUUGGAGAUGAUUUUGUUGCUGCUCCUGGCAGUGGGUGCCAAAGCUGGAGGAAUAGGCACGGCGUGGGACAUCUCUCCGUCGACCGUGGAGGACACUUCUUCCCAUCGUCCUUCCUGGCCUAAACUGGAGUCCUCCGCCUUCGAGGUCCACAGCAUCAGCGGAGUGGGACGACUCUCGACGGUCGAGAAGCACCAACCGUUGGAGAAUUACCGGAUCAGCAAAAAAGACGUGGCCGACCUUAACGGAUUCUCAGAAGUGGGCGAAUAUUCUCGCAGCGGUAGGCAAAGCGAGGACUUCGAGUACGAAACCGAGGACCUCGUCUUGGAGGACCCUUCUUUCGACGAGGAGUUCUUUCGCAGUAGAAGGGAUCUCCAGGACGCGGAUCGGAAGGAGUACCUCGUAACCAGGAGCGAAAUCCCGGACUCCGAGGAGGAGAGUCUCAGGGAUCAAAGAGAGCCCGAGGAAGUCUACAGUCAAGGCAGCUCCAGCAGCAACUUGGUCCACGUCCCGGAGGUUGAGAGGUCCCGAGUAAGGCGCGAAGCGGAUAAGGAUAUGGAGAAAAUCUCUGGGACGAAAAACGUAAGGGAGGCAAGACUAGGUUCUCCGGAAUCCUGGUCAAAGCAGCCAGUAUCCGUGGAGUUUCGCCACCGCGUAAACCUCGACCAGGUAACUCGAGAUAAUUUCUUGCCGGUCGCGGGACCUAACCGAAUGCCUCCAAAGACGGAUUUCGUGACUAGUCAGAGAAGGGAUUUCCCGGAGACCAGAGAGUCCCGAGAUCUGCCGUUCUCGCGGUCCUAUGACGAUUACGUCCCUAUGUAUCCGGAUAGGGUGCAAGAACGAGUGUUCGAUGUCCAUAUACCGCGAGGCUACUACCCGGAUCGUUAUAGGACGGAGAGAGAUUAUUAUCCCAGAGGAUUCGAGUCCCAGUACUAUCCUAAUCGCUACCACGAGGACGAUUUAGACUCCAUGUUCGGCAGGGCCAGGCCGAAGCCGAAGAGAGUCAUCUACUACGCCACGCUUCCAGAGGUGGUGCGCAAGCCUGUAGAUUUGAGAAACUAUGAGAGGCCCUACGAAGGUUCCAGGUCCCCGGCCGUACCUUUAUCCAGUGCAGGCUCGCAUUUGUACAAACGAGUGCCUGGCAAUGUAGAUCCGAACAGGUACCGCUACAGACCGACCUACCUGUACGACAACUACGACCCGUACUCGAAGAAAAUGGACGGAUUUUACAGCAGGCCCUAUCCUUCCUAUCUGGCCAGAGUAGAAGACGACGGCCGUCCUCUCCUAGAGUUCGAGCGAGUUCCCACAAAGGAGAACCUUCGAGGCAAGGAGACUCCUGACUCGAGCGAGGAUCGUAAGCUGGAGAGUCAGAUCGCCUCUAAGGACUACGCCAAGGUACCCUGGCCGGUUCACAUCGGGGCCGAAGUGAACGUCAAAGACGACGAGAGGAUCCCCGGGAGAAAAAUCUUGGGUCAGGUUGACAGUUUCAAUGGCGCGUACAACAGUGCACGGCUGCAACAAUCCGAGGACUCUGCCAAGGCGAGAGACGGUCGUCUUCCUGGAAAUUAA